UCGAAACAGCUCUUCUUCUUUGGUUUUCCAAUUGGAUUGGAUUUUCUUGUGGAUAAAAAUAUUAAAUUAAAACUAUGUCGCUGCUGCAAAAACUCAGCAGAUCCGGGAUCCAGGUGGCUUCCUUAAGCUCCCGCCACAAGAUGCCGGUAGCCAUCCGAUUGAUUAGCGGGGAAACGGAAAAAGCAGCGGAUGGAGCUACUCCCGCAGAGAAUCCGGCGGAGAUUGGCGGCAGCAAGGGAGGAUUUGCCCGUGCCUUCGACAAGUACACGGCUCCGGCCGCACCCCUUCAGCCGGAGGAGGACAACCAGACCUUCGCCUCUCUGCUGCGGAAUUCAAAGUUGGUAGAUUUGGGCAGCGCCGAGGGAAAGGUGGUAAGUGGAAAGAUCUUCCAUGUGGUGGGCGAUGAUCUCUACAUCGACUUUGGCUGGAAGUUCCACUGCGUCUGCAGUCGUCCACCUCGCAAUGCUAGUGACUAUGUUCGAGGAGCCCGCGUUCGGCUGCGCAUCAAGGACCUGGAGCUGUCCACCAAGUUUUUGGGCUCUUCCAAGGACAUCACCAUCCUGGAGGCCGAUUGCCACCUGCUGGGUCUUAUUUCCUCGCCCACCCGCCAAUCGACGGCCAGAACAACUCCCAAAAUCGAAGAUAUCUUAUAAAUCCUUUAUUAAACCAAGGUUUGUUAAACGUUA